ACAUAGCUUCACCAAACUGUGCACCGCACCGGGCGUCCUGGCGCAAAGUAGCGCUGCAGACUCGGCUCGGCUCGGCUCGGCAGGUGCCAUGUUGUGAGCGCCGGAACAUGGCGGAGAGUCAGCGCGGUUACCUGGGGGGAGAGUCCGCCGGGGAGCGUUUCACCGAGGACCCGGAGGUGGCAGCCAUCAAGGCCCGGGUCCUAGAGCUGGAGAUGGAAGAGGAGGCGGAGAGACUGAGGGAGGAAGACCAGUGUGUGGUUACCGAGAUGCAGCUUCUGUCUAGCAGCCCUCAGCCUGGGCUGUUCUACAAUAUGACCCAAGAAGAGAGGAUCGAUGCAGACAACAGAUCAGUCUAUGUAGGCAAUGUGGACUAUGGGGCUACUGCUGAUGAGCUGGAGAUCCACUUCAAUGGCUGCGGCCCAGUGAACAGGGUGACCAUUCUCUGCGACAGGUUCUCCGGUCAUCCCAAAGGCUUUGCUUAUAUUGAAUUCUCGGAUAAAGAUGCCGUGAAAAGUGCCAUUGGUUUGGAUGAAACUUUGUUCAGAGGCCGAGUCCUAAAGGUGAUGCCAAAGAGGACCAACAUGCCAGGCAUCAGCACCACUGACAGGGGUGGACCUCGGGGCGGCCGCGCCAGAGGCAGAGGGUUCCGUCCAACCCGUUACCAUAACAACUUUCAGGGUAGAUUCCGGUAUCCCUCUGCCAGACCCCUCCAUCCGGUGCCCCACCCUUACCACGGCGGCCCUACAGUGGGGAAGAAACACUGGGGACACCUGGAAUACCGCGAGCAGGUCCCCAAACGCUACCCGUGCCUUCUCCUCAUCACCCCACCGUCAGAGGAGUCGGGAGCGGGGCCGAGUGAACAACACUACACACAACAGCGCUAGCAUGACCCCGCUGCUUCCGUACCAAAGUGGAAGGAUAAAACUGGAAAAACACAUUUUAAGGAACAUCUUGAUUCCAAUCGUUGCUGGGUUUAGUAUAAAAGGGCAGUACUUGCCAGGAGUCUGGCUGUCUGGUUUUUGACACUGAUGGGCACCAAAAGGAACCGAAUCCCCGUUGAUCCUUGAUCUUGUUUCUUCAUGUUUAUGAAGCUGUCCAAUGGAGACUAUGGGUUUAUUUCCACAAGCGUAUCGUGAGGUAUGCGAGAUGAGACGAGAGGAGAAAAAAAAAACAAAAAAAACAAAACCUUGGAUCAUCACUUUUUGUAACUUAUCAAUGUUUUGGCGCUAUGUUCCUAACCAGUUUGUUCUCUUUCCAAGGGAAUAUUUGAACACAAGUAUUUCUGCUCCAUACUGGUGGGUCAUUGUCUGUGCUGUGCAUUUACUUGGAUGGGCUGAAAUCUGUAAAUUCUGUUCUGUCACAUUGGUAAAAGUUUUAACAUGUCGCGUUACAUGCAUGUCAAAUACCUGUGACAUCAUCAAACAUUACGCCGUUUCAUAUCUUACUACGUUGUUGCGGCUACAUUAUUUUGGCUGAAUUGCAGUGUUUAUAAUUUUACCAUACUGUAUAUAACUUGCCGAAUUUCACUGCUGUAUGAGUGACUACAAUAAAUGAACCAUUAUGCUGUUUCAUAUCGUACUGUUGUUGUUGCGGCUACAUUAUGUUCUCUGAAUUGCAAUGUUUAUAAUUUUACCAUAUUGUAUAUAACAUGCCGAGUUUCACUGCUGUAUGAUUGACUAAAUAAAAUGAAUAUC